AUGGUCGUCGGCAAGUUCCUCCGUCAUUACUUGGACCGUGAGCCCAUGGUGGUGGUCUCCUGCGCCAUCGGGGCCGUGGCUUUGUCGCUGCCGCUAGUGGUAGUACCGCUUCGACGGUCGCUGGGCCUUCCGACCGACCAAUACGACGGUCCGAUCAUCCCUGACUCGAUGAAGAAACCGCGUGGCCACUUGGCUACACGCGAGUCUGUAGCAGGAGCGUAA